UGCAGCUAGCCAUGGCUUCUUCUUCAAAAUUGCUGGCCUUUCUGCCGUUGUUGUUACUGUCUUCGUCCUUUGUGAGUCGUGUGGCGUUGGCUGCACCCGACUAUUCAGAGGCGCUGAAGAAGGCGAUCCUCUUCUUUGAGGCUCAGAGGUCGGGAAAGCUGCCUGCGAAUCAGAGGGUGCAGUGGAGAGGCGACUCCGCCGUCCGAGAUGGAAGCACCGCCGGUGUUGAUCUAUCAGGAGGGUACUACGACUCCGGCGACAACGUGAAGUUCGGGCUUCCGAUGGCUUUCACGGUGACGAUGUUGGCGUGGGGGGCGAUCGAGUUCGGGAGCCAACUACAGGCGGCGGAGCAGCUGAGGUUGACGGAGGAGGCGAUCAGGUGGGGGACGGACUACCUGCUGAAGACCCACCCGGAGCCCAACGUCGUGUACGCCGAGGUCGGUGCUGGCGCUUCCGACCACGUCUGUUGGCAGAGGCCGGAGGACAUGACGACGCCCAGGACGGUCGCCGUCGUCAACCAGGACCACCCUGGCUCCGACCUCGCCGGCGAAACUGCGGCCGCCCUCGCCGCUUCCUCCAUCGUUUUCCGGUCGUCCGAUGCCCAGUACGCUCAUCUUCUCGUCACCCACGCGAAGCAGCUCUUCGUGUUUGCAAACAACUUCAAAGGGCGGUACUCGGACAGCAUCCCAGAUGCGAGGACCUUCUAUCCAAGCACUAGCUACGACGAUGAACUGUUGUGGGCAGCGGCGUGGCUGUACCAUGCCACAAAAGAGCAGCAAUACUUGGAUUACCUUCAUAACGCCAACAAUAUUGGUGGUGGCCAGUCUUACUUCUCAUGGGACGACAAAUUUGUUGGAGCUCAAACCCUCGUUGCAAAGCUUGUUCUGCAAGGAAAACUUGCAAAGGAAGGAAGAUGGCAAGAGUACCAGCAGGGAGCAGAAGGAUAUAUAUGCUCAUGCAUCCAAAAGGGAAGCUUCAACAUAAGGAGGACCCCUGGAGGCCUGCUUUGGUGGCAGGAUGGAAACAAUCUUCAGUACACAUCCGCUGCCACCUUCAUCUUGGUUGCCUAUGCAGGUUACUUGGCUUCUGCUGGCGGAGCUCCGCCACUUCAGUGCCCAGGCGGCGCCGCCAAGCCCACUGAACUUGUCCAUUUUGCACGUUCUCAGGUGGACUACAUCCUGGGCCAGAACCCUAAAUCCAUGAGUUACAUGGUUGGGUUCGGCAGCAGCUACCCAGCUCAAGUCCACCACCGCGCCGCGUCCAUCGUCUCGAUCAACCAUGACCCUUCGCCGGUGGGCUGUUCCGACGGCUUCAGCGAGUGGUUCAACAAGGAUGCACCCAACCCCAACGUGCUGGUGGGUGCGGUCGUCGGCGGACCGGACGUGAAUGAUGCCUAUAAUGGUGUUAGGAGCAACUCGGCGCAGACCGAGCCCAGCACCUACACUGCUGGUGCCCUUGUUGGUGUCCUGGCCAGGUUGACCGCCCCUUGA